AUGCAUAGUAUGAAAAAUUUAAGGACUACGAAGUUAGGUUGCAAAGAUAUAAGAAUUAGAUAAAAGUUUAGUUGCAAAGAAUCAAUUACUUUAGACAGUAAUUCAACUUAAGGUCCAGAGAAAAUUGAUCUUCCCCUGAUCAAUGAUAAUUGUAAAAUUUCUCCUUCUCCUACUCCUGCUAAUACUGUUCCUGCUCCUACUACUGCUGCUCCUGCUGCUGAGGAGGAGGAGGAGAAGGAGCUUGCAGCGGAUCUGGUUCCGAUGGAUGAGGGAGGAUCAAGAAGCUCCGGUAGUUCUAACCGUAGCUCUCUACUUGAAACAGAACACAGUUUAUCUGAGGAGGACAGUUUAGAAGAUUGCUCCGACCCUGGUUCACACCUGAACAUAAAUACAGUUCCAGGCCAAGACCUAGAUACAGAACCUACUGUGGAUCUAAAUGUAACAACAGAUUCAAAUCAACCUAAUAACACAGAACCUAAUCCAGGUUCAAUCUAUUCUCAGUCUAAUACUCAAGGAACCACUCCGAGUUUAGACCAAAAUACUUUGAAUGAAUGGAAACCGAAUAAGCCACCUGGCGGUAAGCCACCUAGUGGUCGGGGACCAGGAACCCUGGUUAAAAAAGCGACCUACACCUCUAACCCCAGUACUCCAACCCGCCAGAUUGGAAUAUCUAAAGAUACCCUGAUCCAGCUGAUAGAGGACUCGGAUAUCCUUGAGGAUGAAAAACACAGGGUUCAGGUUUACUCCAUACUCCGGGAGUAUAUCAGAGGUGCAAGGACAAAACAGCUCAGGAGUUUAUUGUCCAAGCACUGCGCCUAG